GGGCUGCGGUCGCGGGGGCGGCCACUCGGGGCGCGGCGGAGGAUGGGGCUGCGGGCGGCCGGGGACGCGGGGCGCCUCGCCCUGCGCCUGGGGCUACUCCUGAGCCUGCUGGCCCAGCAGCCCGUGAGCGCCAAGAACGACAGCGGCUCUGCCCUCGAGCAAGCUGUGGUGGAGCCGAUAGUGCAGCUGUUAGAGCCGGGUUUGAAUGCUACAGUAUCCAAGGAAGUAGAAUUUGGAAUAUGCACAGUGACGUGCGGUAUUGGCAUUCGAGAAGUUAUAUUAACCAACGGGUGCCCUGGAAGCGAAACAAAAUGUAUUGUUCGUGUAGAGGAAUGCAGAGGACCAGUAGAUUGUGGAUGGGGUAAACCAAUUUCUGAAAGCCUUGCAACUGUGAAGAUCCCAUGUAUUUUUAUACCUCCAGAGAAUCGAUUUACAUAUCUUUGGAAAAUGUUAAUUCCAGACCAGCAAUCACUGAUUCUUCCUAAUGAUUCGGCUAUUUUGGAGGUACACAGGGAUACCCAUCCAGUAGCUUUCCAGUGUGACACGAAAGAAAAUAAUGAGAUAGUUGCCUCUGUAAAAUAUACAGUAUAUACAACAGCUGAAUUGGAAACAAGAAGAUUAAGGAGACCAAACACAGAUAUAGUUCUGGUGUUUGUCCUGAUAACUGGAGUUAUUGUUUGUGUUGGUGUGAUCUUUGCAUUAAUCUUCAUAAUUCUUCACUGGGCAGCUGUAAAAGCAUUCUGGGCAUCAAAAGUUGGUAAAAGCUCCAAAGAAGAACAAUCAAGCUCUCAAGGUUCAAUGAGAACCAUAGAAGAAGCACCAGGAUCAGGAUCUGUAUUGGCAUCGGGAUCAAGAUUAGCAUCAGGAUCCGCAUUAGCGUCAGGAUCAAGAUUAGCGUCAGGAUCUGGAUUAGCCUCAGCAACAAUGUCAGUACCAACACCAUCACAUAUAGAUACUACUGGACAAGAAGAGCAGUCUUUCCAUGAAUGGAACAAUGAAGAAGAGAAUUAGAAAGAAAAAUAAGACUAGACUAUAUUAAAAGAUUAUCUAAAAAGAGAUUAUAAUAAAGCAUGUUUAAAAUACUCA